UACGCCGUAAUUAUAACCAUUCCAUCUCUCUCUUUCUCUGACAAACAAAUGAAAAUGUCCACUCCUUUAUUCCCCAGUUCCACUCCGGCGCUGCUCUUGGCCUUAGCAAUUUUCUCGACUUUUUGCUACCUCCACACCACCUUAGCUCAGCCUCCAUGCAACGACGGCGUUUUGAUCACGUACAACCACGACACGGCCGAGCGAAUCGCCCCGUUUCUAUUUCCGUUAAACCGGUUCGACCAGCCAUACCGGUUCAACUCGACGCUGACGGUUCUCAACCAGGGGCUGAAGGAGCUGAAGAAUUGGCGGGUCUUCGUCGGGUUCGAGCACGGUGAGCUCCUCGUGUCCGCCACGAACGCCGUGCUCGCCAACGCCUCCUUUCUUCCGGCUAACGUCAGCGGUGGCGCUGUUCUAUCCGGCAGCUCUGUGACCGACCUCAAAACUGCGAUCGAGACCGCUGGAGAUAUUGAGCAGAUGCAGGUGGUGGUGGAGUUGUUGGGGACGGAGUUCGGGGUGGCGCCGCCGGACGUUCCGUUGCCGGGAAAUAUUACUCUCGCUAAUGACGGCUACUUGUGUCAGAAUCUCACCAUAACAGGUAACAAUACUAUGACCACUUGCUGCACACCAGACGCGAACACAAAGACAAACAUUACAUCGGAGCAAGGAUUCUCACCCCUCGAGACAGGCGACGUCACAAUAAUGUAUGAUGUAUUAACAUCAAACGAUCCUAAUUAUUGGGCUCAAGUCACAAUCUCCAAUCACAAUCCAUUUGGUCGUCUCGACAAUUGGAACCUGAGUUGGGAAUGGAUGCAAGGCGAGUUCAUCAACUCAAUGCGAGGAGCUCUCCCACAAAUCAUCGACGCCGGCGACUGCAUCUUCGGCCGCCAAGCCCAAUACUACAAACAAUUCGAUUUCUCCAAGGUUCUGAGCUGCGCAACGAGGCCGACCAUCGUCGAUCUCCCUCUCUCGAAAGCUAACGAUUCCGAGUUAGGGCUGAUCCCUUUUUGUUGUCGCAACGGGAGCAUUUUGUCGUCCGAGAUAGAUCCCGAGAAGUCCAAGUCUUCGUUCCGGCUCGAAGUGUACAAAAUGCCCCCGGACAUCAACAAGACUGAGCUUGCCCCUCCUCUGAACUGGCAAAUCAAUAGCACGGUCGGGCCGGAUUACCAGUGUGGGCAGCCUGUUCGUGUCACGCCAUCUUUGUUUCCGGACGCGUCAGGGCUGCCGUCGCAGACGGCGGCCCUGGCCACGUGGCAGGUGGUUUGCAAUGCCACAAUGACAAGGGCGAAAAAGUCAACGUGUUGUGUGACUUUUUCAUCCUUUUUCAACGACUCUAUUGUCCCCUGCAACACUUGUGCAUGUGGCUGCCCCGCCUCCGCGGGUGACACGUGUAGUGCCACGGAGCCAGCAGUCCUCCUUCCAGCUGAGGCCCAACUAGUGCCAUUCCACAACAGGACAAAAUUCAUUAAAGAGUUUGCGGAUAUUAAAAACCGCAAACUCCCAAAUCCUCUGCCAUGUCCUGACAAUUGUGGGGUCAGCAUCAACUGGCAUCUUGUCUCGGAUUUCAAGAAAGGGUGGACAUCAAGGGUAACCCUUUUCAACUGGGGCGAAGCAGAUAUAAUUGACUGGUUCGCCUCAGUUGAGCUAGGUCGGGCCAUACCAGGCUAUGAGAAAGUCUACUCCAUGGACGGGAGAGUAUUGUCAUUUCCCAACAAUGACACGCUCUUCCUUCAGGGGUUGCCGGGUUUGAACUAUCUCAUCGCGGAAAGGAACGGGUCGAACCCGAGAAAGGAUCCGCCGGUUCCUGGAUCGCAACAAACGGUGAUAUCGUUCACGAAGAAGCAGACGCAGUCAAUUCAAGUCGCCCGAGGAGAUGGAUUUCCAACGAAAGUUUACUUCAAUGGAGAAGAGUGCUCUCUUCCUACAAUGCUGCCGAGCAACGCUCCAAGAGAGAUUGCUGCUUCUGUUGUGUUAAGCAGCUUUCUCUCACUAGUUCUGAUUUUCAGUUUUGUUUGGAAGUAGAUUCGGUACAUCAUGA